GGUUGGCAGCAUUGCUUAAAAAUGCAAAAACUUUGAUAAACAGUGUGUCAUUUUUUCUUUAAUCUAAGUUUUUUAACAUAAUUUCAACGUUUCGAGCUGCUUUUAAGUAAAAGUGCCCUUUAGAUUAGCCCUUACAACCACCCACGCUAGUUACGUCUAUUGGCAAAUGCUCCGCUUUCCAGACUGAGAUAAAAUGGCCGGUGCUGAUAUUUCACUAACAUACGAUGACUGUCCCGAUGAUCUAACUGACAAAGCGUUCGAACAGGGCGACUGUUCACGAUCUUCAUUCGCUGAAGAAGCCGAUGAUGAUAAUUUUUUUAAUCCACUAGAACGUAUUCAGCAGUGUCUUAACAGUACCGAUAGCAUUAUCAGACAAUGUUUGGCCAGUCUGCUGCAGAAUAUCUUCAAAAAGACACCUUCCGCCAUCCUUACCAAAGAACUUCCGGAAAUUAUGAGAAUACUCACCAAAGUUACCGAUGAUGACUUUCUUCAGGAGAAUUUCUUAGAGAAAAUUCCAAGUAUAGCAGCUGAGGCCCUAGCAAACUCCGACAGAGUAGAAGCACUUAAAGAUGUGAUUGGAGACUACUUGCUGCCAGUAGUGGUGAGGAAUCUAGGAUGGUCAGAGACAGGUAUCAAUCUCGCAGCAAAGGCGGUUUUAGUGGAAAUGAUGGAAAAAGGCUACGUGACACAAUUUCAAGCUGAAGUUAAAGUAUGCCCUGCCAUUUUAGCCCUCCAAAAUCAACUGGACGUUAACACUUCAGCUAUUACGCUUAUGAGCAAGUUUAUUCGGCUCUUAGGCAAGGACAUCGCCGAAAGGAUACUGAUGAAGAGAUUUAUAGAGCUGUGUUCAAGUCAUUUAUUUUACGUACGAAAGUUAGCUGCUUGGCAGUUUGGUCAUUACUGUGCGAUUGUGGGAUCAAAAGUAUAUGAAGAAAGUCUGUUGCCUUGUUACUUAGCAUUAUGUGAAGACGAUAUGUGGACCGUCCGAAAAGCAUGUGCUGAAGUUAUUACGUUCGUUUCGUGUGUGUGUCCAUCAGAACUUCGAAAGUCUCUGCUUGCUCCAGCUUUUGGAAAACUGUUGCGAGAUAAAUCUAAAUGGGUUCGAACCUCUGCCUGCCAAACGUUAGGAGGUUUCAUAGCCACGUUUGCCGACCCUCCAUCGACAAAAAUUGCAUACGACAUUUCAGGCGAUUUGGUUUUAAUGAAUCUAGAGGGUGACUAUUUCAUCCAACCACCCUGCAAAGAUGGUUUUUCAAACGUGGUCACGAUGGAAGAGGCAUUUAUGGCUAGCUCCACAGAAGAUGGUUACUUACAUUAUUACGAUGAUUUGGAAAAAGGCGCUUGCAAUGAAGUAACAGAUUUAGAUUCUUCAGAAUUGGGAGGAAGGCCAAAGUCAUGUGCAUAUAACAGCGGCGCAUUCGUGGAAGCACUCGUAGCAUUCAAUGACUUGAAGCUGGAUGGAUUCACCACUGAAGCUGGAUGCUCCAAAGAAAAUGGAAAUGCAAAUUCCAAAAUUGAGACUGAAACUAAAAAUGAGCUCGACGGUGACUUGCUUGCGUAUAACCAACAUAAUUAUUGGUACAUAAGUCCACCUGAACUCGAUCUCAACGAACUUGAGCUGACGACUGAUGGCGGGGAACAGGGGGAUUUGAACGAAUCUUCGGAAGAUGUUGUGAUAUGUCAUGCUCAAAAAUUACCAACUAAGAUUGAGUUAGGCAGCGAUGAAAUUGAGUUGUUGGAUGAUCGGCCCAACUCAGUGCAACCUUGCAGCGAUAAUAAGGGUGAUAAUUUAGAUAAUAUAGUUAGUGAUAACGGUAAUGUAAGUAGCUCAACAACGAAUGAAAUAAAAGGACCCACUCAAACAAUAGUUCCCCAAUACCUGAUCGACAGUUUCUUGUCUAUGGCAAAUCUUAGCGGUCGUCCACAUGGAAACGACAUGUCUGUUCACUGUGCUUACUCAAUGCCGGCCGUUAUUUCAACAUUAGGACGAGAAUAUUGGCCUCUUGUUAAAGACACUGUUCGGGCUUUGGCAUGUCACUUGUCGUAUAGGAUUCGGCGGUCAGUGGCCAGCAGUUUAUGUCCACUUGCGGUAAUUUUAGGCUCAGAAAUAGCUUCCGAAGACCUGUCCCCGCUAUUUGUAGACUUUUUAGCAGACUUGGAUGAGGUGGUACGGAUUGGUGUUUUGAACAAUCUGUUUGACUUUCUACACCUGGUCACUCCUCAAAAGCGGGAUUCAUUUGCCGGAAAACUUGGGAUUUUAACGAGAAUGAACAGUAUAUGGAAUUGGCGGUUUCUACAAACUUUUGCAGAACAACUAACGCGUUGUGUACAUUUGUUUAGUCCUGCCGAUGUCGCAAAGUGGCUUGGCUGCAUGUAUGCUCCGUCGCUGCUUUGCGAGAAGGUGGCAGAGGUUCGACUUGCUGCUAUAGUUCUCGUUUCUGAAGUUCUAAAGCGAACGAACGCGGACCUCACUCUGUCCGCCAAGCUUCUGACUUUACUGUCGAAAAAGUAUGCACAUGGAACAAAGUGGAGAAUGCGACAAACGUUUGUCUUAUUAUGUACCGAAAUUCUAAAGCGAGAAGCUCUUUCGCCUCAAGACUUUGCCUCAGCCGAAACCGGAAUGUUGUCCGAUCUAUUAGAGCUCAGUUGGGACCCUGUCGUAAACAUUCGACUAGGCGUUGCUAACUGCAUUGUUAAACAUCUCAUUACUAAUGAUUAUUUCGUGAGUAAUCAUUUGGACGCGCUGAGCGAGGUCUUGAGACGGUACGAGGCAGAUAAGGAGCGAGAUGUUCGAAUGGCUGUGGUGGAUGCCGUCUAGAUAUUAUGUACACUGUUGAAUUACAACAUUCUUUCUUUUCUAUCUCAAGUAAAUUGAAAUGCGUUUCAUUUAAUUAGAGGUGUUUUCCCCUCACCACCAAUCCUGGAUAACCGUUUAUGUUGUUUUAUACGCUAAGGCGUCUAAUUAAGCAGCAUUUCAAUGAUGUAAAUAGACGCUUUAGUGUACCUAUUUGUACGUAUUGUAAUUAUAUAAAAACGUUUUGUUAUGAAGUGAUUUUCUAAAUAUGUAUUUUAAUAAUUUUUUUGAUGAGAAUGAAUGUAUAAAUGUAAUUUGAUGAAUAAACACUCUUUUACUAAA